AUGGUGGCCGUCGCCGCAUCUCGACAACGUACGCUCACAGUGACUGUGCCAGCUACCAACGACACCAAAGCUCCUUCGUUCAUUUACCCGGCGGGCCAAGGCAAGCAUGAGAACUUGGCGCCACCGCUCAUUCAGCUCGUCGCGCUGCGGGAACGACACAACGGCCCCAAGCACCUCCUCGGCGAGUGGCCCUCGACAGCGAUCUGCGGCAACGACAUCAUGUCCAGUGUCCUCUACUCGUCUGGUAUCGUCGCGCUCAAGGCCGGCAAAUUGGCGCCGAUCUGCAUGGCCAUGGUGUCGGUCGUGCUCUUCAUGUACCGCUUCAUCUACGAAGAAGUCGUGACGGCGAUUCCCAUGAACGGCGGGUCGUACAACUGCCUUUUGAACACGACCUCCAAGCGCGUCGCAGCGGUGGCCGCUGUGCUGAGUACGCUCGCGUACACGGCGACGGCAGUUGUGUCUGGGACGUCGGCGUGCUACUACAUGCAGUUUGUGGUGCCGGAUCUGCCGGUCGUCGGGACCACCGUGGGCCUGAUGGGCGUGUUUGCGAUCUUGGUCUUCAUCGGCAUCGCCGAGUCGGCGGUCGUGGCCUUUGUGAUGUUUACCUUUCACAUUGGGACGCUCUCGGUGCUUGCGGUCACGUGCCUCAUCCACACGAUCCAGAACCCCGAGAUCAUCCAGGCCAACAUGCACUCGGGCUACCCGCACGUCGACUUUGUCGGGUCGGUGAUUGACGGCAACGUGUUUACGGCCAUUUUCUUUGGCUUUUCGGCGUCGAUGCUGGGCGUGACGGGGUUCGAAUCGUCGGCCAACUUUGUCGAGCAGCAGCAGCCCGGCGUCUUCCGCAAGACGAUGCGCAACAUGUGGGCGUUCUCGGCCGUGUACAACAUCUCGCUCGCGAUCCUCGCUCUCGGUGUCAUGCCCGUCGCCGAGCUGCAGGCCAGCGCCAACACGGUGCUGGCCAACUUGGCCGAGAUCACGGCUGGCAACUGGCUCGUCUGGAUCGUGUGCAUCGAUGCGUUUGUCGUCUUGUCGGGUGCGGUGCUGACGUCGUACGUUGGUAUCACGGGUCUCCACCGCCGUCUCGCGUCCGACCGCGUCAUGCCGGCGUUCUUUGCGGCUGAGAACAAGUGGCGCGGCACCAACCACUGGAUCAUCCUCGCCUUCUUCCUCCUCACGUCGUCGCUCGUCUUGCUCUUGAACGGCGACAACGUCAUCCUCGGUGGCGUCUACACCUACUCGUUCUUGUCCAUGAUGUUCCUCUUUGCGAUGGGCUGCAUGAUGCUCAAGAUCAAGCGCCAAGACAUUCCGCGCGACGUCCACGCGCCGUGGUGGGCGUGCAUCUCGGGCGCGACGCUGAUUGCGAUCGGGUACUUUGGCAUCGUCCUCGGCGACCCGUCCGUGCUUGCCUACUUCUUCUACUACGCGCUCGGCGUCGCGGUCGUCGUCUUUGGCAUGCUCUGGCGCGUCACGAUCUUGCGCUGCCUCAUCUUUAUCAUCAACUUGCUGCCGGGCGUUCCAGACGUAAACAAGGAUUACGAAUCGCCCGAGUCGACGCAGAUAGCUAUGCUCACGGACGACGUCGAGCUGCAGUCGCCGCCAUUGCUCUCGACCGAUGAGCCGUACGAGACAGUGGUUGUCUCACACGAUCCCCGCUUCUUCGAACGCGAGAACCAGCGUGUCUCGUACCUUGUACGAACGCUCAAGGCCAUCAAGUCGCAACCAUUUGUGUUUUUCAUCAAGGCACCGGAUCUCACGCUGGUCAACAAGGUCAUUCUGUAUGUUCGAACCAACGAAAUGACCGAGACGCUCCGGUUCGUGCACGUCUACCCCGAAGUCACCAUGGCCUCCGCCGACACAAUUCAAGCGCUCGCUGACGUUGUUGCUCUCUUUGAUAGGAUCUAUCCCAAGCUACGAACGGACUUUGUCUCGGUCAAAGGUCCAUUUGAACCCGCAACGAUCGAGUGGCUUAGUACGUAUUGGCACAUGCCGACCAACAUGAUGUUCAUCAAGCAGCCGACCAACACGACGGUCCAUCAAGUGUCGUGCUGCGGCGUCCGCGUCAUUACGGGCUAG